AUGAAUGAGAAAGAAAACGACGAAGACUCGAGUGAGGCAGAGGCUGCAAAAGAGAACGAGACAUUAAGACGACGCCGAAAAACACUAGAGAAGCGCCUUGGAGACAAAGACCUUGAAAAGACGGCUAAAAAGACAUUACAAGAGACCAAAACGAAGGAGAUGAUCUCAUUACUCAAAUGGCUCAUUCAGCGUCACAUCGAGCAACAGAAACGUGGCAAAUCCGAAAUCAUCAAACAGCUUUUGUCUCAUGACAGAUAUACCGAACGGCGCAACCAACUCAGCACUGAAAUUACAGAAGCUGUCAAUGAACUUCUCCGUCAUCUUGAUGUGAACAGACUUGAAACAGAGUUUUUAAGUCUCUGUAAAGACCACUAA